GUUAAAACAUAACGAAAAAAUUACUUGUGUAUUAAAAUUUAAAGUGAAGGUUAAGCUGAAGAAGAAUGCUGUCUUGCCCGUAAUAUAGAUAAAACUAACAAAACAAAUAAAUCAAUCACCAGUUGCACGAAAUACAUCCAUAUACAUAUGCAUGCGUGUGGGUGUUUUAACAUGUGUACAUGUCAUAUGUAAUAAGCUGAACUCGUUUAAAAUUUAUAGAUGUUUACUACCUCAGAGCGAAAAUGAUUGGUCCCAGUUCACAGAUCAGUAAAAUAUUAUUAACAUUAUUAUUUUUGUUAAUAAUAUUUUACAUCUUUAUGGAUGUUGAACUUUACCUGCGGAUUCAACAUUAUGCGAUCAAUCGAAACUAUCACGAUAACGCAUCGGUCUCAAUAAGUCUAUCAUCCGACCAGAUUAGGACCUCGAAAGUACCCACCGUCGAAAAGGAAAUAUCCUAUACCGAUCACACGUGGAUAUCAUGCGAUAUUAAUCCACUCUGUGAAAUAACGGUCAAGGCACUACUGCUGGAUCAUACUAAUCAUUAUCUGUUCGCACCGCUUGCCACCAUCUUUGACAAUGUAGUCGGGAUCUCCCGAACAAGUUUUAUAACGCCCAACAUGAUAUCGUUUUUCCAUGUAGGCGUGGCUUGUGUAUCGGGGAAGCUUGUGGCGUCUGAUAGCCUAGGAUAUAGGCGCCUUGGCGUGCUACUCUUUCAGAUCCGCACAUUUCUAGACGACUUGGAUGGCCAUGUGGCGCGCGUCAAGAAACAUAUACGUGGGGAACGUUCGGAAAUUGGCACUUCGGGUUACUAUGUAGAUGGUCUCUGCGAUGGACUUGGCUGCAUAGCCCUACUACUCGGCAUUUUUUUUUUCCUUAAAAAUAAUCCGCCACGACGAGGUUACUCGAUAAUUCCUAUGAGCGAUACCAAAUUACCUGACUCAACUACAACAACAAUAAUUCCCAAAAUGAAGGCCACCACCAGAAAAGUGGCAAAAAACGUGAUCAGCUUCACCGGUCAACUUCUGUUGAGCUCUACGGCUUGGAAUCGCUAUAUUGCCGUCUAUCAAAACAUGCUGGAGCGUGACGAUGUCCCCAUCAGUCAGUACCAAUGCCAGAAUUAUGUAUUUAAGACGACAUUAUUCUUUUUUGUAGCUUGGAUGUGGCGCAUAGUCAAUGUACACGCUUUACUUCACUGCGUGUUACUUAGCAUAUUUUGCGAUAAAUUGUGGGACUUCUUGAAAGUGAUUCGUUAUAGUGGAUAUAUAAUUCUGCUAGUUGCCAUUUGCUUGACAGAGAUGCACAUCUUGGAAGCCCAAAACUAUAUUUUUAAUUCAGCAGCAUGCAGUAAUUUAUCACUGUGAUUUUACUAAUGUUAGAAGAAAUACAAUAAUAUUUGUCUAGUUGAUAUCAACAAUGCCUUUUUAAAAUUUGUCUUUGUUUUGUGUACAUACAUUCUUCUGAUUAAGUGGAACAAAUUUAAGUCUUUAUACUGUAUAUAAACUAUAUCGUGUUGUAUUCUUAUAUCCGCAUAUCUAUGUGUAUUAGAGUUGGUCGAUGUCUUUGGGUUAAAAAAAUAGACAAAAUGGCAAAGUCGUAUUAUUCUAUGGAAAGAAUAUUUCCCAUAGAAACCGUUGUUCUAAAAGGAAUCCUGUAACUUACAAACGCGAGCUGAUGGAGAAAAAUGCAGUAUUGAUUUGAAAUCAUCCACCUAUACAUUCCAAUCAUCACACAUAAAAGUUUAAAGUUGCGCUCCGAACGGAAAGAAAAUAAGUUAAAACGAAAACGUUUAAUCAUGGAAUCGUCUCCAAUAUCAAUUGGUUCUAAAAAUUCAGACAUGGAUUUAUGGAUUCAUAAUUAAGAAGAAUAUUUAAUCAUAAAUUAACUUAUUUUUCACUGACACAUUUCUAAAUCGGUGCAG